AUGCCCUACUUAUCGCGGAGGGCCCUGGAUGGCCUGAAAGCCUACGAAUAUAAGCCAGCAGGUUACACCUACCUGGACAAGAUCCAUGCACCAUUUUACAACUGGUGCGUCGAGAAGAUGCCUAUGUGGCUGGCGCCCAACCUCAUCACGCUGACGGGCACCAUGUGCCUCAUAGUGGCUUACCUGAUCAGUGCCUGGUAUUCGCCCGACUUUGAUUCGGUCCCAGACCCACCGCGGUGGGUGUACCUUGUCAACGGCCUGUCGGUGGUGCUGUAUGUCCACCUGGACUGCCUGGACGGCAAGCAGGCGCGCCGCACCAAAAGCAGCUCGCCGCUGGGGCAGCUCUUCGACCACGGCUGCGACGCGCUGAGCGUCAACCUGCUGCUGGCCAACAUCGGUGUCAGCCUCGGCAUGUCAUGCUCCUGGGCGCACGGCAUCGGCAACUUUGGGGUGAUGUUCACGUGGAUCCUGGCGCAGUGGGAGGAGUACCACACCAGCAUCAUGCUGUACGGCAACAGCUUCUACGGCGUGCUGGAGGCAAACUACUGCAUAGCUUUGCUGCACUUUGUGACAUUCGCUGUCGGGCCCUGGCUCUGGCGGCUCCCUGCGACCGACGUGGUGCCCCUCAAGAUUCUGGAGGGAGUGCAGCUCAAUUCGUUACUGAUCAUUGCGAUGGUGACUGUGGGGUUCUACCAGGCGCUGUGCAACAUGUACCGCGUCUUCUUCAGCUUUGACUACCGCACAUUGCCUCCAAAGGAGGCUGGCCACAAGCAACUGGGCCCCACCGCUGCGUGGUUGCAUUUCGUCACCCUCACAGCCCAGCUGGCGAUCAGCGCGAUCUGGCUCUACGGCGAGACCACAACGCCGUACCUCUGCCGCGCUCAGAACGUCAAUGUCGGCAUCAUUUACGCGCUCACAGCCAGCCGCCUGAUCAUGGCCCACAUGUGCAAGGAGCCUUUCCAGCCGCCCCUGUUGGCGAUCUUUGGCAUGGCGCUCGCGGUUGCCAACAGCCGCCUCAAGUGGGCGGAUCCCAUGCAGGUCACGCUGGGGCUGGCGAUUGUGGCGCUGUUUGGGUACCUGCAUUACGUGUUGAGCGUGAUUGACCAGAUCUGCAAUUUCCUGGGGAUCCGCUGCCUUUCCCUUAAACGGCCCGACGCAGCGACAGUCUCAGCCAUGCACGCCAACUAG